UUUUUUUUUUCUUUUUCUUUUUUCCUUUCUUUCUUUUGAACAUAUAUAUAUCUUUCUUGUCCCUCUCCCUCUUUCUUUUUUUAUUUACUCUAGAAGAAAACACUUCCUAACAUUUCAUCAUGAAAGGCACUUUUGCCAUAAUUGACAAGGAAACUCUUGAUUCAAGGAUAGUCGCUGUCAAGAAGUAUUACAAAGUGUAUGGUAAUCUUGUUCUUCAACAUUAUGAAAGGGAGCGUUGGGCUUUUCAAAAACUGGCAUUAUCAUCGGAAACUGAAGCUCGACGACAACAUAUUGUAUAUCUUUUAGAAGCCAAAACUUUAGAUGACGCGUAUUGCUUGACGUUACCUUUUUAUCCACAUACACUAUUAGAAUUCACAAAGCAACCUUGGCCUCGUCCUUUGGCUCUGGCAACAUUCCGAGAUUUGGUACAAGGAGUAUCUUAUCUUCAUCAACACGGUAUAGCUCAUUGUGAUCUCAGUCUCAGUAAUAUCUUAAUGGAUUCACCCCCUCAUUUCAACGAUAACGAUAUUUCAAAUCAUAGACCAUUGGUAAUUAUUAGUGAUUUUGGUUGUGCUCAUCCAUUGGUACCAUAUUAUCAACCGGCUAAACAACUUCAUGGAGCAGACAUUGGUACACGACAAUUCAAAGCACCUGAGCAUCUUUUUGGAUCAUCUUGUUAUACUGCAGCUACUGAUAUAUGGUCUUUGGGAGUGAUGUACGCUUCUCUGUUAUUAGGACGAUUACUUUAUCCUAGUCAAGGUGAUUUAGAGCAAGUUGGUAUGAUCGUUAAGUCAUUAGGUCGUCCUUCAAAGCAAGUGAUGCAACAGGAAAUGAUCAAUUACCCUGAUACAAACAAACUCUGGUUCUUUGGUCAUGAUGAUUCGGAUAUAUCUGAAGAAGAAGAUGAUGAUGAUGAUGACGAUGAUGAUGAUAUGGUGGAAAGUGACGAAGAAGACAAUGAAUCAUUUUUAUUAGCUGACGUAUUAACUAAAGGAAAAGUAUCCAAGGAUGAUCAAGAAUUACUUUCCAAAUUGCUAACAUGGUCAGUUCUUGAACGUGCAUCAAUACAACAGAUUCUGAAUAGUUUAAAUGGUUGAUCGAUUAUGCAACUGAUAGACUUUUCCCCUUUUGUUUGACUCUUUUAUUUGAAAUAGAUAGAAAAAAAUCACCUCCCUUCCAAACAAUCCCAACUCAGCUUGCCUUUUUUGUUCCCCAAUUUUUUCUUUCCCCAACAAAAGAUUUUUUUUUCUUAUAUAUAUAAUCCCCCCUUUCUUUUUUUUUUCUUCUUUUUACUAUUUUUUUUUCUUUAUUUUAUUAUAUCAUAUCC